GAUGUGCUUAUCUAUUCAGCACGUACUCUGCCAUCACUCGGCUGUCUGUUUACCUUCAGAGGGGUGCUGUGUGGACAAUGAUUGACCGGGGAACUGGGAAGGUCUAGGAGAAGAAACGGCAGAUGAUUCCUCUCCACUCUCUGAGGCGCGUCUGUGCUGCUCGGACGAUUAUUUCUGACUUUGGUCUUCCGCAAGACAGUCUGGAGAUCAUGAUGAAGGCCACCACUGCUGUCCCGCUCCUGCUUUUGCUGCUGCAGGGGAGAGCCACAGCCCAGGAAGACAGGGAGCAGCGGGUGCUGAAGCCCUGGAUGACCGGGAUAAUGGCAGUGACCGUCUUCCUCUUCCUGGUUUUCGUGGUCUUCCUUGUGAAGAAGGCGUGGUGCGGGGACUCCAGUAAUGAGGAGGAAGCGGCCCAGGGCAAAGACUACAGCAGGACUAACGACUCCAUGUGCAACACGAACCUGAAUAUGGUCAGGAGUGAUGAAUAUGACAAUGCCUUUGAUAACAUAGCUGCAGAGGGGAAGGGAGUGAUCAUCACCGCCAUGUGACACCCAGCCACCAAUAGGGGCUUACUGUCCGUCAGCCCACCUGACCACUGUCUCCCAGUGUGUCUCGCUGUCUUUGGUACAAGUGCCGCUACUUAGCAUAUAUCUAACAGUUUUGCCUGGUGCUGGUGGCAGACUGAGGAAGCAGAAAUCUGUAGGUUUUGGCAAACAGCGAAACCCCAGCCGAAGACGACUGAAAACCACACCGACGACACAGGAGAGUCACAGCUUAACACAGCUAAAAUAUCCCUCAUCGAAUCUCUCGUUCUUUUUAAAUGCAGUGUGUUGGUGAUCUAAUAGCACUGAGUUACUGUUCUUGUGCAAUUUUGUCUAUUUUUUUAUAUGUUGAAAUUCACUUAUUCUAUUUCUGUGAGAAAACCAGUCUUUGACCACGGCAUUAAAGGUUAAACGCGUGCACACCUCA